AUAAUAUGCAUGUUCCAAUCUGAAGAAACAUUAUUUGAUAUUUAAAUGUUUUUACAUUUCAUCACAUAAGUGUAGAGUAGAAACCUCCAUUUGAAUAUCUUUAAGUGCCUAACUGGCAGAGGAGCAGCAAAGUGAAGGAGAACUAAACUGUCAGCCUGAAAGCUGCCAAGCUGGUUUAUGCUCAUUCUAGCAGCCGCUCCCUUCAUAACAGUCACAGCAACAAAGAUUAAACGUCUCUGUGAAGUUGUUACUUGAAAAAGUUAUGUUCUUCAUAACAAGAGAAAAAUUUAGUGGCUGGAUUUUCAAGAAUAUAAUGAUCAUUGUGAUUUUCCUACAAGCCUCCCUGUAUUCUUUUGCCAUGGGAGAAAAUGUUUUUGAGGGAGCAGAAUCAGUUGUGCUACCAUGCCAGUACUCAGGUAUUUUACCAGAGCGAAACCCCGCAGUGAUCUGGAGACGCUAUGAUCUCAAACCACAAAUUAUCCAUCUGCGGCGAGAAGAUGAAGAUGAUCUUCGUGGACAACAUCAACGUUUCAGUGGACGAACAUCAAUGAAAUCUGAUGCUUUAGAUUCUCUUGACUUCAGCCUCACCCUGAGAAAACCUCACCUCUCUGACAGCGGUACCUACACCUGCAUCAUCAGUGAUGACAGAGAAGAGAUCAGAGUGACAGAUGUUCAACUGCAGGUCAAAGUUAAACAGGUGGAAGUAACAGUUCAGGAGGGAGUGGAGUCUGCAGUUCUGCCCUGUAAAACAGCAGCUUACAUGGAGGAGGAUGACACUGUGGAGUGGACCCGCUCUGAACCAGAAUUCAUGAUUGCCUAUGUGUAUCAGAAUGGCAGCAACAAAGCUAAAGAACAAGACAAGUUUUACUGUGAACGUACAAGAAUGAAUAAAGAGCAAGUAAAAAGUGGAGACCUCAGUCUGACCCUCAAAAACCCCACAGAGAGAGAUAGUGGAGUCUACAUCUGCACCAUCUACAGGAAAAGUGACGUCGUCAGACAGAAAGUGAUUCUUCAUUUUGUCAAAG